UAGUUGGUGAGUGCAGCGUAAUUCCUGGCUGGAGGGUGGAAGACCGCCGACCGAAGAAGGAACCGCGUGUUACACAGCAGAAGGUCACUCAGGUUGGGUUGUGCUGGAGAGAAGAAUUCUGAGAAGCAACAAUGGACCAAGCAAGGUCAACAAUAUCCAAGAUUUUUAAUGGGGAGCCCCACUCCUACACACGAUUCAACUUGACCCAGAAUAUGGAGGGUGACAACAGUCAGGUGGAGAUGAAGCUGUCAUCUGAAAUAGAUGAGGAGACUGGGGGAAAUGGCGUUGGCGGCCACCUGAAUCACAACUCAAAUCGCACACCCUAUGUGGCUCAAAAGUUUGGACGUACACCCAAGAACCUCUGCUUUAUGGCAGCUACAAUCUUCCUCAUCUUCAUCAUCGGCUAUUUGAUUGGCUACCUGGUCCAUCGGAAUAAGGAUUUGGCUCCCACCUGUGCACCCUCUGCUCUCCGUUAUGAAGACGUUUCUGUCGCCCAUGAGACCGGUGCUGCUCCCCUCAUGGACUGGGAUGAUGUAAAAAAGCUUCUUGCUGAAAAACUGACUACAUCCAGUAUGGACGCUGUCCUUGGUCAGCUGACCAGCAGCAACCACCGGGCUGGUUCUCCUGGUGAUGAAGAUCUGGGGAACAAGGUGAUAACAAAGUUUAAGGAGUACAGCAUGAAGACCUGGACUGAUGAGCACUUUGUCAAGGUUCAGGACCCCCCAGCAUCUGGAUACAACAGAAUAGUUUUCAAGAACGAAUCAGAGGAACAUCCAACAGGUUUCCUGUCCUACAGCGCCAGUGGAACAGCAAGGGGUGCAGUGCUGUAUGCCCAUUAUGGACAGGAAGAUGACCUGAGGCAGUUAAAGGACAUGAACAUCGACAUGAAUAACAGGGUGAUGCUGGUCAGAGCUGGAAGGAUCAGCUUUGCUGAGAAGGUAGCCAAUGCAGCCAAAGUGAACGCCUCUGCUGUGCUGAUCUACCCAGACCCUGCUGAUUACUCGAUCGGCGAGAGCACUCCACUCUUUGGACAUGUCCACAUGGGCUCUGGGGAUCCCUACACCCCAGGCUUCCCCUCCUUCAACCACACCCAGUUUCCACCUGUGCAGUCUUCAGGCCUGCCAAAUAUUUCGGCUCAAACUAUCACAACAGGCAUGGGAAUGAACAUUCUGAGGCAGCUCGGGGGUAGAACUCAGCCAAAUGGUUGGGAGGGCAUCAAUAGACUCGGAGAUGAGAGCGAUGUUAUUACUGUGGAAGUCAACAAUGUCCUUACUGAGAAAAGGAUAAAUAAUGUCUUUGGGGUCAUCAAAGGCUUUGUGGAUGCAGAUCGAUACGUGGUCAUUGGGGCCCAGAGGGAUGCGUGGGGCCCGGGCUUUGCAGCAUCAAGCGUGGGCACCAGCGUCCUCGUCGAGCUAGCGCGUUCCAUCUCUGACAUGGUGGAGAACGGUGGAUUCAAACCGAGGAGGAGUAUUGUGUUUGCAAGCUGGAGUGCGGGAGAGUAUGGGAGUGUUGGCGCCACCGAGUGGUUGGAGGUAAGAAGUGCAUGGCAAAGGUUUAGAUUAGCUGCAUUUUUCUUUUACUCAACAAAAAUAAAUCUUCUCAUUGACUACCCGCACUUUAACACAAACCUGGACACCCGAGAAAACCUGAACUCUGUCACAGCCAGCCAGGUUCCUCAGCUGGCUGUGAGAGCGGGCCAGUUUGCAGGUCACAUAGCACUGAGGCUGGUCCAUGACCACCUGCUGCAGAUGGACCUGAAGAAGUACAACCAGCUCAUACGCAGCCACGUGGUUCAGAUUAAUGGGAAGGUCAAGACUGUUCAGAGGAUGCAGCCCCAGCUGUUGCCCAAAGCUCUGACAGUGCGGUGGUUGAUCAUGGCCUCUGGCUCCUACAGCCGUGCCUCCAGCGCGCUGGCAGCUGACAUCCAGAACAGCGACCUGGAGGACAUCGAGAUGUGCCGCGUGAUCAAUGACCGCAUCAUGACGGUGGAAAGGAACUUCCUGUCACCCUACGUUUCUCCCAGAGACAGCCCCUUCCGUCACAUCCUGCUGGGCUCCGGUCCCCACACCCUCAAAGCUCUGACCAACCACCUCGACUCUUUGACGACUGCCAACCCCGACGCAAACGCCGAGCAGUUCCGCAACCAGUUUGCCCAGGCGACCUGGACCAUUCAGACCUGUGCCAACUCCCUAGCAGGGGACAUCUGGUCUCUGGAUAAUGAAAUCUAGAAAAGUCCUUUUCCCUCCCUUGUUCAUGGUUUGGCCCUCUUAUUACAACUGGCAGUGCUGUUGUGAUUAAUCACCACGUUUUCAGCAGAUAUCUACAAAGUCAUCAUAUCAUUUCCACGAUGUUAAUUUUCCUUUUAUCUAAAAUUCUCUUAAAGCCAAACAUGUUGCAAAGUGGUUUGUAAGCCUUCUGCCUUAAAAGGACUUAACCCUCUAAGAAUCUUGAAUUUGAACAUGUGGUAUUUAGUUAUCACAGUCUUAAAUCACAUGGUGCUAGUAAUGUCAACAAGUGUUAUGUGGAAGUACUACUUUAAAUUGGUGUUACCUCUGAAUGAGUUGGAUUUUUUUUCUUUAAUUCCAGAACAGUAUCAGGUCAGAAUCACAGUAAAGACUGUGUUUGCCAGCUCAGAUCUUUAGACCGCAGUAUGAUAACAAUAAGCUAAUGACUUUGUAUUUGUUUACCACGAGGCAAACUGCUGGUAUUUCUGCUACUGCUGCUGCGGCUUGGUGUUCAAACCUGAGCUGGUUUCUAUUGGUAGCUAAAAUAUCCCAUACUGUGCUGAUUCUGCUACACAACUCAGUCAGAAAAUAGAUUCAGGCAUUCAGCUGCUGAAAGAAGUGCAGAUUGAUUUACAGCAUGCAGCAGCAACAGUGCACACAGAUUUGGAAUAAUCGUCUACUUUAAAUGGGGGGAAAAAAAGUUUUAAAUAUAUGCAAGAAUUGAAAAAAAAUUUUUUUAAAAGGUCUGAAUCAAAUACGAAACACAUUUUUUGGCUUUGGAGCUAAUCUGUGCAGACCUGUCAAAGCAGGGGAAAAGGUCCUCAACCAUGUGGCACUGAAACAGAAACCGUAUGUUUAUUUAUUGUGUUAUUUAUUUAUCAGUGGCAGGGUUCACUAUAAAUAGUUUUUAUUCACGUUUUAUAUAAAAAAAAAAAAAGUAUAAUUAUCGGGGGCAGUGUCUUCCAUAAUUAUGACAGUUAUACUGUCGAAAUGACAAAAGCAGCAUCUGCUAAAAGAAGUGUACAUGUGCACCGACAGCUGGUACACAACAGUUUUUCUUUCCCCUCUGUCAACUGACACUGAACUGGUCUCUGAGCAAUGCCAGCUCACACAUCACACCUGACAAUAUUUACCCGUACCUGUCCUUUGGUGCAUGUACACUUCUCAUCUUGAUGGCAUUAUCGGGAGCAGUGAUUUCCAUAAUGUGAAAAACAGAAGGUAGUUUUUGCCUACCAGUGUGUGCCGUAUCGGAGGCAGUGCCCUCCAUAUUUCACUGUAGGGGUGGAUGUUUUUUAUUAUCGGGGACAGUGUUUCCCAUAAUGUGUAUAUACAGUACAAAGCUACACAUCGCACACGUUUGCAUCUUUGCAAUCCAUCUGGCGUUCCAUGCUAACUUCUUCAGCGUUCCUCUCUAGACAGGCAGGUUAGCACCCAGAGCACCUGAUCACAGAUCAGUGUCUGUGUCAUUAGUGAGGCCAAGCAGCUGAUGCGCUUGUUUUUAGCGAGACGGUCUGUUUUGAAGCGAACGCUGGUCUUUUCUUUGCAUAUGGAAGGUGUCUUUGCUUUAAGGAAAGCACAAAUGUGUAAUGUGGUUACAACAGCGUGUCUCCAUAAUCAGCCCCCACUCUGUGUUAUGGAGUUAGUCUAAUGAAUUAAAGUUCAUUGUACCUUCUCUUUUGAUGAAUUCACUGAGAUUUCCUUGUGCCUCUUCUUUUGUUUCUGAGCUAACGAAUACUUGGAUUGUUUCGUUUUCAUGUAUCAGGGUUCAGUUUUUGUUUUUUUUGUUGUUGUUUUUUUUCCUGUUUCUCUAAGAAUCAAACUGGUGUUAAAACAGAGUUGCUAGACAGAAAACAAAUGGAUGCGAGUCCAUUUCAAAUGACUGAAAGCAGGAUUCUGUCCAAAACCCAUCUGACUGAUUGUAGUUCAUCAAACUUGUUAACAUGAUGCAAUAACCAUUCGUCAUUUGAGGGAUUUUUACCUUAAUCCUGUUGGUUUAUAAUGAGGCAGGUUCUGGAAAUUGCAACUCCAUUUUCAGCACUGGCUUGUAAGAAUUAGCAGAUGAGUUUUGGAUCAAAGGGGGAAAAUGUAACCCUUGUUAAAGAAUGUUUGAAAAUGCUCGAUUAUUAUUGUGCGUGGUUUUCUUUUCUUUGUUCUUUUUCCUUUCUCUCAAACUGUGCGCACAUUUGCUUUGCUUUAUUUCAGUUGUUUUGUUUCAUUGCUGCAAUAAACAAUCACAGCUA